GAAAGUUUAUGAAGCGUUUUAUUUAAAUUGAAAAGAAUAUUGUAUAUCCGUGAUAUAACCGAAAUAGAAUUAUAUUUUUUAUCUUUUUUAUUUUUGAUUACGUCUGUGAUGUUAUGUAACUGCGAUGAAUACCAUUAGGUGCAAACGAGUAAUGACUGGAUUUCAACGUAUCAAAGUUAUCACUAGAUUAAAGAAAUUACCCAAGAAAACUCCACUGAUAGUUCUGUUUACAAUAUGUUUGUUGUUGUUAAUUAUUAAAAGAAACCUACUUGAUAGAAUUCAGCAACGAAUAUUCAGCAAGAGUUGGACGUUGAGAAGAUACAAUGGAAAAAAUAUCACAACUGAGUUUGAACAUUUUUAUAUGAAUGCAUCACCAGAUAAACUGAUGGACCCUCUUAUUCACAAACAUCAAUAUAAUACGCUACUAAAUACUGGUAAGGAGUGUAAAGAACAAAAUAAGUUCCUGUUAGUUCUCGUUUAUUCGGCUACAUAUAAAUUUUACGGACGUCAGAUAAUAAGGAAUACAUUUGGAUCGAUUUCACAUUUUGCUAAUAGAAGUAUUGAAUAUGUGUUUGUGCUAGGGCAAACCAAUAAUAAUACUCUGCAAGGACAAAUUCAAAAGGAAAGUGUCAGAUACAGGGAUAUUAUACAAGGGAAUUUUAUAGACAGCUACAGAAAUUUAACAUACAAAAGAGUAUUUAGCUUAUUCUGGGUAAAUAAAUUCUGUAAAAAUGCGAUUUAUGUCAUCAAAAUUGACGAUGAUAUUACUAUUAAUAUUCCAUUUCUAAUUCCUUACCUUAACAAUAAGAUUAAUAAGAACAACGCAAAUGUUUUAGAAUGUUUUACUGUUUUUGGAUCAAGGCCGUAUCGUGAAACUCAGAGCAAAUGGUAUACACCUGUCUCGGACUAUCGGUUUCCAACGUUUCCCCCGUUUUGUGCAGGACCCUCCUCCAUUAUGUCCAUUAAUGUAAUUAGACAAAUGUAUACAGCGACAAGUAUAGUGCCUUUUUUGUGGCUAGAAGAUGUCUAUGGAAGUGGAUUUAUUCCCUGGAUUUUAAACAUAGAAAUAGUUCGGCCGAAUUGUUAUUUAAAGGAUGUGCAGCAAAGUUUCAAUGAAAAGCCAUGCCAUUUGUUUUACAUAAAUAAUUUAAAGAAUACCAGUGAUUCAUAUAUGAUGUGGAAGACUAUAGAAACACAUAACAAGUUUAAGGAAAAUUGCAAGUGUUGGUAAAUUGAUGAUUCAUUCUAAACAUCAGUUAAACCGUAUCCCCUUUCAAAAAUAAGAAAAUAAAUACAUAGUAAUUAAUAUGGUUUGACAUAUGUGUUUUUCAAGUUCAUGUUGUAAUAAUAUAAGACGUGAUAUUUAAAAUGCGAUCUGGUGUUAGAAAUAUCAGAUUGUAAUAUGCUGUACAAUGGUUUAAUUAUACGAUUCAACACUU